UUAGGCAAUUUGAAAACGUAGCACCUCGUUAUUUUUACAUUGUCUGUAGGAAUGAUUUGUUCUCGUAUAAAUAAGGGCUCUGUGUAAUAUCGGAAUAUGCUUGUAUUAUUUCGGUAGUAGUUUGGUCAUAGGGAAAGGGUAUUUGCAUAUGGUUGCAUAAUGAUUGUAUAAAGGUCAAAGUACAGUUUCAAUUAAUAUGGAUUCUUUCAGUUUACGAUAGUGAAAAUUGGCGAAGUUGAGUUUCUGUAAUUCGCUUAAUAUUUUGUAAGGUGCCAGAAGUUACAAAGUAGCCUUCCUGAGCAAAUUCCGUGUGGACAGAGUUGAGUGAAUUUGGGUGUCAUGUCACAUUGCUCCCUCCUUAAGGCUGCUUGUCUCGAUUAGGCUACAGGUGUACCACCAGUUAGGGGGCACAGUCAGACACAAAGCAAGAUUCUCACAAGACAUAAAAUUCAUCUUUUACAAUGAGUGACUAUGAGGAUGCCAUUGAGACCUUAGAGGAUGCAGCACUGGGUUUAGGUGAAGGUCUCCGUCGACGUCCAAUAUGGGAUCCAGAGAGGGAGUCACUUUCAUCAGAUAUCCCUGUGUUUCGUGAUGUGAAUGAACUGCUGGAUGAUGAUGCCAGUGUACUAGCAGAGGAGGACGAUGGUGUUGGAUGUCCUUUACCAAGUACUCCUGAAGAUGAGCAUCUUUUGGACUGUGAGAUUACAGAGGUAUUGAAAGCAGGUGUUCUAUCAGAUGAAAUAGAUCUGGGAGCAUUAGCACAUAAUGCUGCAGAGCAGGCUGAAGAAUUUGUACGGAAAGUGUGGGAGGCAUCAUGGAAAGUCUGCCACUUCCGGAACCUGCCUCGCUGGCUUCAGGAUAAUGACUACCUCCACGCUGGACAUCGACCUCCAUUACCAAGUUUCUAUGCUUGCUUUAAGAGUAUCUUCCGAAUUCACACGGAGACUGGAAAUAUAUGGACCCAUCUUCUUGGUUGUGUGGCUUUCAUUGGGGUAGCAACCUACUUCUUGACACGCCCAAGUGUUGAAAUUCAGCUACAAGAGAAACUAGUGUUUGCAGCAUUCUUUGCUGGUGCUAUUCUUUGUCUAGGACUGUCCUUUGCCUUCCAUACAGUACAUUGUCACUCGGAAUGUGUCGGUAAAUUAUUCAGCAAGUUAGAUUAUUGUGGCAUUGCAAUGCUCAUCAUGGGAUCAUUUGUUCCGUGGCUGUAUUAUGGCUUUUACUGCCAGUUCCAGCCAAAGCUCAUCUACCUCAGUGUUGUUAUAUGCCUUGGAGUAUCUGCAAUCAUUGUCUCUCUAUGGGACAGGUUCAGUGAGCCUAGGUAUCGACCUCUUCGUGCAGGGGUAUUCAUGGUAUUUGGACUUAGUGGAGUGGUGCCUGCUGUUCAUUAUGCCAUCUCUGAGGGGUGGUUUAAUGCCAUAUCACGAGCAUCUCUUGGCUGGCUUAUACUAAUGGGCUGUCUAUACAUCCUUGGAGCAAUGUUUUAUGCUUUGAGGGUACCAGAGAGAUUCUUUCCUGGGAAAUGUGACAUAUGGUUUCAGAGUCACCAGAUAUUCCAUGUGCUAGUGAUUGCAGCAGCUUUUGUGCAUUAUCAUGGAAUAUCAGAAAUGGCUAUGUAUAGAAUGACCGUUGGUGAAUGCACAACUCAAAAUGCUGCUGCCAUGGCCUUCUGAUGUCAUCAUAUGUCCGGUACAACAUUGGGGAAUCAUAGGACUCUUAUGAAAUUGACACCACACAGUUAUAUACCACAUCAGAAUAUAUUACUUGAAUGACAUUAAAACAAAGAAAGAAGUCAUCAGAAUAAUUAUUUUCUUGAGGAAAAGUUUUGGAAUUCAGCCCAAAAUCUUGGCUUACGUGUUUAACAUAGUGUCAUGCAAUGCAAAAUUACACAAGGAAAUUCAAGAAAAUGUUACCUAUGUCAAAUUACAGAAAAGUUUGAAAUGAACCAUUAUCCAUAAGUUUACUCUGACAUGCGGAAGCUGAAAUUAACCAUUAUCCAUAUACUACUCUGACAUGUGGAAGACAUAGUAUGAAACCUGAAGUAUGGGAGAAAGUUAUAUCAGUUGUAUUAUCAGUGUAAUUUGACCCAACUCAUUGAAAGUCUUUACUUUCUUGAAUGAUGUUCACAACAGCAAGGCUCGAUUGGUGUCCAUUUUAUACUGCCGCAUCUUACACUUCAAUUAACACAGUAGCUAUUUAUGAGGGGAAAUUGAGAUUAUGUGAUGAUUAAAUAAGAGCCAUUGUAGAAAUAAAUGAGCUAAUACAGUUUAUAGAAGUUAGCAAAACUAAAUGAAAAGUUGGUGGAACAGAAUUAAUGAAAAUAUUUUCCAGAGACUCAAUUGCAUAAAUUAAUGUGACCUUUAAAAGUGAAAGAAAUGUUUUUUCAUCUGCAUAAAUGGGAACAAUUUAAAUAUUUUAACACUUAUAGUGUUUGUAAUUAGAAUUGUAUAAUCUGGUCAGGUGAAGCUGUAAACGAGUUAGCCAGUAUACAUGUAAAGAUAGAUAAUUCAAGCCAUAUUCAGUAUACAUUCUCUUUGUUUAUAUAAAUCAUCACACCAACCAUUUUGCAUUUAAGGAGGCAUAUAUUGAACCGUAGAAUGUGAAUUUUUAAUCUAAAAGAAGGCAGCUAGAGAAAAUAUCUUAAAAGACACUCAAAAGAAUUUUCAUGACAUAAAAUAAUGAAGUGUUUGUAUGUUUGUUUGUUUGUUUGUUUGUUUGGCCCCCUUUCCUUAAAUUUGGUUAUGUUCUAUGAAAAAAGAGCAGGAACCUGUAUUUAAAGUAACCUACCCGCACAUAAAAUUUCAUAUAUUUGUGAGUAGUAUUAAGCAAUCUGUUAUUGAAAAUUUGUUCAAUAUGCAUCUGUUUCAUUUUCUCUGCAGUUAACCAUCAUGUUUGUAGGAAAUUAAGUAUGGUACCAGAUCAGCAGAUCAGAUAUUGAUCAAACUAAAAGUGAAACGUCAGACAAACACUGAUCUUGUGGACUGUGGAACAGUGAUCUUAUAAUGCCUAACAGAAUCUGUUGUAGUGUGGGGACAUUCAUUGGCCAAGUUCUGUGGUAAUAUAUGUACUGUCCUUAAUACUGCCUGUGCUUAAUACCUAACCCUUUUAAGGAAGCAUUUCAGCAGUUUCAAAACAACUUCAUACUGUAUCAGUUUUGAGAACAGUUUUUAGUUUUGGAAUUAGGGCAAUUGGUUUUAAAGACCUGUCAAUAGCUGGGGCUGUUUGUCAUCAUCAUCAUCAUCAUCACUGGCACGACAGCCCUUUGUGAGCCCUGGCCUUCCUCAGGAUUCCUUGCUGUUCUUCUCUAUUCAAUGCUACAUUCCUCCAGUGGGGCUGUUUCUGCCUGACUUAAAUUUAAAGUUCAUUGAAGUAUGACAUACUUCUGAUAUAUCCGACAUAUACUCGAUACAGUGUGUUUGUUUUACAAUAUCUCAUUAGGAAAAUACUGUCUUCCAGGAUGUGGCACUUUGUAGAGGAAUAUGCUGCCUCUACCUAAGGUAGGAUGGAGAUGGAGUCAUCACAUUCUUCUGAAACACUGGUAAAUAUCUACCAGGCUAAAUGGUGUCAAGUUUCAGUCCACAUUAUUCGUCAUAGUCAUCUGAAAUCUCACAAUGUCUCAUUUUUUAAAAAAGUUCUUAUCUAUCUUUUACGUAACUGGUAUUUUAAAUUUGUAUUAAUAGGUUGUAAUAUAAUUCUUCAUGUUUUAUAAAGCAGUGUUAUUCAUAGCAGUGAGCUUCAAUUGGGUACGCAGAAAAGAAUUCUGAGUUUUCUGCUGGGUCAUUGUUACCAGAUUUUAAUAGUACUGUUGUACGAGAAGGUAUGUUAUUAAAAUUAUGUCAUCAGAAUAUUUCCUAACUAUAAUUUUGAGUAUUUAAAUAUAUGUCUUACUCAUUUGUGAAAAAUUUGCUUUGGCACUGUAAACAUAUUAGUGCCAUUUUCUUAAGAUAGAAUUUCCUCAGAAUCUGUUUCAUAUUGAAAAUCCCUUUAAUGGUGGUAGAAAGUAACAAAUUUAAAUCUACCUGCACCAUACAGUAUAGCAGUACAUACCCAUGUUGCAUUCAGUGUAAAGGCUUUUAUAAAUUGGUUUCUGGGCUCUGAUGUCAUAGGUAAAAAUAUGUUACUACUAAAGGAGAAAUAAUUAUAAAGAUUUGUAAUCAUUAUAAAUUAAUGAAUUCAUUCUAUGAGAUCUGUAUAUUUCUCAACAGUUGAUAAGGAUGGUGGUUCAAGACCAUUUCAUUCCAUAUUUGAAGUACUGUAGAACAUGGAAACUGAAUGUGGUAAAGUGUGUGAGGUAUGCUUUUGAAUUUAAAUAUGUUUUUGUUACAAACUGAAUGUGUAUAUAAUUUUGUUAAGUGUGUAUUUGUUUUAUAUACAAAGUUAAUAAUUUGUUUCUUGUUUGUAAAUUUAAAAAUAUGAUUAUAUAUUAUCUUCACUGUAAUGCUGAAAGUUAAGAGUGACAGGGUUUAUGUGGUAGGCCUAAAUUUAAUGUCACCAUUCUUGUAAUACUCAAAUCUUUAAGAAUAUUUUCUUCUUGAAUUGUUACUAAAGAGGAUGAUCUGUAAUAUCUAUAUGCUUAUAGUUUCCACUAUAUAUACUUUAUUUACUUGCAUCUGAUAUAUAAAGGCUUCAUCAGGACCCAUAAUUAGUGUGGGGAUGUUUAAAAAAA